UGGAAACCAUCAAUUUGCUUCAUUUCCAAAUUCCAAAUUUCUGAGCUGACAAAGUUUAGGCUCGGCCUUGGUUCAGAAUUCUUUUGUAUCAGCAUAAACCAUACUGAAACCAGACCUUCGAUUCAGAAUUCUCCUUGUAUCACAUAAUAAACGACACUGAAACGAGACCUUGAUUCAGAAUUCUGCAAUUUAGCUGAAACCCUCUAUCUGCCACUGCAGUCCUAUACCCUUUGCCCGCACAAGUCCUAAUCUGAGAGAAAUUUAGCGAGAGAGAAAGAUGAGUGGAGGUACUGCAGACUUCUUCUACAGAGAAGCUCAGCGUCUUGGCUACCUGGCAAGAUCGGCCUUCAAGUUACUGCAAAUGCAAAAACAGUACAAAUUGAUAAAACCAGGUGCUUCUGUUCUUGACCUUGGUUGUGCCCCUGGUGCUUGGCUUCAGGUUGCUUGCCAGAGCUUGGGUUCUCUUAAAUCCGGUGGUGUGGUUGUUGGUAUUGACCUCAAGAAAGUGAAGGUUCCAUCAAAUCAUUGUGAUGAAAGGGUAAAAACCAUUUGCGGCGAUGUUAUGAAUAUCGAAAGAAGCAAAAUCAGGGAACUCUCUCCUCAGGGAAAAGGGUUCUCGGUGAUACUGUCGGAUAUGUGCCCAUCAGUUUCAGGAAUCACAACGAGAGACGCAGCUUUGUCCAUUGAGUUGGGGGCACGAGCAGUUGAGCUGGCUGUAGGUGAAGGUCUGCUGGUUCCAAAUGAUGGGGAGGAUGCAACAAAUAGUUCAGGUGGCGAUGCAGAUGUGGAAGGCGUUUUGCGACCUGGUGGUAACCUUGUUAUUAAGCUACUUGAGAGUGAAGACACUAAAGAACUUGGUGACUUUUGCAAACCGCGUUUCAAGAAGGCAUCAUGGUUAAGGCCCAAGGCAACAAGAGCUGCUUCAAGAGAGAUUUAUCUGAUUUGUCAAGGACGUGUUGGUGGUAGGAAUGAAACUUCGAGCAAGAAGUGAAUCCCAAUAAGGGGAAACAUAUGCACGACUGAUAUAAAGAGAAGCCGCUAUCUUCUUUUAAUCAGUCAGAGUGAAACUUGUAUUGCUAAUAUAAAUUUUUAGAUAUUUGCUUUAGUUCGUGAAAACUGGAAAACAUUGACAUUCUGUUAUUGCAAUUUGCAAGACAAACCUUCUUGUUUCUGCUAAAAUUUACAAUGCUGUACAAUUUUUUCUUAUGAAUGAAAAAAUGGUUUCCGGAGCAA